AUGGUCAUCCAGGGAAACAAGGGGGAAGAGGAAGAACAGACGGCCAUGGUAAAUGAACGGGAGAACGUGGCCGCUUUCCACAUCAAAAGAAAGAAAUCCACAGCCACUGUUGUGUACAACUAUAACCAAGGUCUAAUAGGUCUCAGAAUCACCAACAGUAAAAAAUGUUUUGUGAUGAAGAUGGAUAAACUCAACAUACCAAGCUUGGAUGAAAUUUCCAGAGAUCUCCCACAUUUUAACGCCAAACAGGUCUCUGGAGACAAAAUGUCUUACAACUUCAUAGAGGCAGAACCGGCUGACCGCACUACACUGGGAACAACUCUGAAUAUUCUCUGCAGCGACAUCCCCAUCUACUGGGCUCUGCCUAAAGUGGAGAUCUUCCAUACCCACUGCUCCUAA